UAUGUGAUUUACUGUGAACUCCAUGGACGCUCUAUAAAUACCCUCUCAGAACUUUCACUCUUCAGACAUCUUCUCUAAAUCCUCUUGUUUUCCGAUUUACUAAAUCCAAAUCAUCAUCUAAUUCACAGAAAUGGCAAAGCAAAAGAUUGUGGUGAAGGUCACAAUGAACACUGAAAAGAAAGCUCGUAAGGCUCUUCAAAUCGCCGUUAGUCUCUCUGGUGUGGAAUCAGCUUCUUUCGUCGGAUCAGAUAAAGACCAGAUAGCGGUGACCGGAGAAGGAAUUGACUCAGUUGAACUGACAACCUUGCUAAGGAAAGGUGUCGGAUACACAGAACUAGUGAGUGUUGGUCCGGUGGAGGAGAAGAAACCAGACGCCGCAAAGGAAACAAAUCCCACGGUGGCGUCACUAAAUUUUAAUCCGUACCAAUACUACUACGGCAACUUUGGGAUGCCUUACUAUGCAUAUGCAUAAGAGAUUUGAGAUAUUAUUAAAAAUGGAACAGAGUGGAAGAACUUAGUUUAAUAUUGCUGCAUAAUUAACUUAAAUUUUCUAUUGGGGAAUUUUGCAUUGUAUAGAAUAAGAGCCCCUUGAUGUAAUAUUGUGUUUGUAAUAUUUAAUUUCUCACCUAAUUUUGGUCGACGUUAUAUAAAUUAGUUUAUUAAGCA